ACAGUUACUGUUAAGAAGUGGUUGGAGUGAACACGUCUGCCUUUCUUCCAGGUGAAUAUCCCCAAGUUGUCCAGCAUGAUGGUCUUCAUUUUCUAUGCUAUGGCGCUGUGCUUGGAACAUGAAUCCACUCCCCAAAUGACUGAUUGCAGGUAUUUAAGAGAGCAAUGCCUAAGUGAUGCAAAUGGGUGUAAAUAUGCAUGGAGAAUAAUGGAAGAUUCCUGCAAUGUUUCAGGUAACCUCUGCAAGAUGAAGGACUCAUCAAACUGUAACCUGAGCAUCCAGUCCUUGGUGGAAAGCAAUUUCCAAUUUGAAGAUUGUCUCUGCACUGAUAACCUCUAUUGUACUAUUAACAAAUUGCUUGGGGAACCAUGCAUCAAUGAAUCAGAAGAAUCAGCUCUGUCUUUACAUUUGGCUGGACAGUCAAAUACCACACAAUGGCUGCAUCAGAAAGACACAACAGUAAUGGUUGGAAAAGAUAGUGACUGUGUCAUAGCAGCACAUAUUUGCCAAGAAUCAGAACAUUGUACUCUGUUGUAUGAAAAUUUUAAGAAAACCUGCGGGAGGGAAUCAGAACAAUGCAAGACCCUCGAUGGAGGCUACCUGUGUGCCACAUUAAGAGAAAGCCUGAAAAAAACAAUAUUGUGGAAUUGUCAUUGCAACGACCCUUCAAAAGCAGAGUGCACUGAAAUUUGGAAAAGUUUGUUUGAAGACAUUUGUAUACAGGAUGCUCAGAUGAAUCAAGUUUCAGCUUUCAGUGACAACUAUGAAGAUGGAUUCAAACAAGACUUUUUUUCAGGUAACAUGGAAGAGGAUAAUCAAUCCAAGUGGAAUCUAACUACUCUUCCCUAUCAGGGAAUCAAAGGAAUCCAGUCCUGUUUGGAAGUGGCAGAGGCGUGUGUAGGGGAUAUGGUCUGUAACACACAGUUGGUCCCUUACCUUAAAGCUUGCUCAGCAAAUGGAAAUCUGUGUGAUGUGAAACACUGCCAAGCAGCCAUACGGUUCUUCUAUCAGAAUAUGCCUUUUAACAUUGCCCAGAUGUUGGCUUUUUGUGACUGUGCUCAAUCUGAUAUCCCUUGUCAGCAGUCCAAAGAAGCUCUUCACAGCAAGCCAUGUGCAGUGAACAUAGUUCCACCACCUACUUGCCUCGAUGUAAUUCACAGCUGCCAAAAUGAUGAAUUAUGCAGGAGGCGCUAUAGAACAUUUCAGUCAAAAUGCUGGCAGCAUGUGACUAGAAAGUGCCAUGAAGAUGAGCUCUGCAUCAGUACCUUAAGCCAGCAGGACCUCAUUUGCUCAGGAAGUGAUGACUGCAAAGCAGCUUAUAUUGGUACCUUUGGGACAGUCCUUCAAGUACAGUGCACCUGUAGGACCAUUACACAAAGUGAAGAAUCUCUGUGUAAGAUUUUCCAACACAUGCUUCAUAGAAGAUCAUGUUUUGAUUAUCUGAAUCUGUCUAAUGUCAAAGGCAUGGCAUUGCAUAAAAGAAAACCUGCAAAGGAGAUAACUCUGAGUGGAUUUCAUUCCCCUUUCCACGGAGAAGUAAUCUACGCUGUCAUGUGCAUGACUGUCACCUGUGGAAUCCUUCUCCUGGUUAUGCUCAAGCUGAGAACUUCCAGGAUAUCAAGUCAAACAAGGGAUCAUUCACCAAUCCAAAUACCUGGAGGACUGAUUCUUUAA